ACUGCACAAACAGACUCGCAGUACUACAUAUUUACAUUUAUUUUGUUGAAUUUUAACACUCAAUGUAUUUUUUUGGAUUUCCUGUCUAGACAAUUUAAAUAAGGUUCACACUUCCUUAGCUUGAAAGUAAGCAACAGAUCACCACAGAAGGAUCAACUGUCAGUCUGUUGCAAUGAAAACUGGUCACCAUCUCGUGUUCUUCAUGACAUUUCUGAUGAUCUGCAGCACAGCAUCCAGAUCAGAAGGUCUUGUGUUCGUACAAACAGGGCAAUCCGUUAAACUGGAAAUAAGUAAAACUCUGCCUGGGUUUAGUAAAUUAACCUGGAUUAAAGAUUCAAAUGAGAACAUAGUCAGAUUUUUCAAUAAUUCUAAAAAAAUUAAUUAUCACAGUUUAUAUAAGGAGAGAGCAGAGUUCAAUAAUCAAACCUUCUCUCUGACGUUGAAGAACAUGCAAAAGAACAACAGUGGAAACUACACAGCAAAAGCAAGUGGAGAAAAAGAAACAGUGGUUGCUGCAUAUGAUGUGUCAGUUAUAGAUGCAGUGGACUCUCCUGUUCUGCAUGAGAAGUCGAUCAUGAUCAGUGUUAACUCCUGCUUUGUUGACGUCUCAUGUAGUGCUCAUACCCUUCAACUCAACAAUCGAUAUUACAGCGACAACUGCAGUCAGGAGGAAGUGACAUCAUCUGAAAUGCAGACUUUAACCCUGUAUUGCAUAGAGAAUGUGGUUGUUUGUAAUUACAGUAACCCAGUCAGCUGGAAAAACGCCACGAUAGAAAUGAACCAACUUUGCACAUCUCAUCAAGCAAGCAACAACUCCAACAGUACAUCACCUUCACAACCUCCUGAAACACAACACAGUUCUUUUCCUCUGCACUGGCUCUUGGUCAUUGCUGCUGGUGUUGCAAUGGUGGUUUUUGUAGCAGUUUCUGUAACAUUCUGGAUUAGCCAGAAGCAUAAAAAAGAAGACCAAGUGACUGAUCACACCAUCUAUGCACAAGUUAAGCCAAAGAAUAAAGUAAAAAGCCCUCAUGAGAUGUUGGAGAAAUCGGAGAAUCCUCAGACUGUGUAUGGGUUUGCAGGAGAGCACAAGCAAACUCACGACACCAGUCAGACAAUCACAACACAUGAGGCACAGACUACAAUAGAAAAUCCCCCCUGCACCACCUACAGUACAAUAGGUGAACACCAGACACCAGCACUGCCCACUGAAUCAGAAAAUACUAUUUAUUCGGUUGUGACAAAACCCCAACGUGGCAGACCACCUGUUCAUAAAUAAUAUAUUAGUAGAAUGCAAAUAAAAUGUGUGUCAAUAGAUAUAUAUAUAUUUUUACAUAUCUUUAAAAUACC